GAAUGUGUAGCGCACUCACCGGGAUCUAUUAGCUGUCUUACAUUUGGACGAAAAUCUGGUCGUGUGAUGGCCACUGGCGGUGAGGACAGACUAGUAAAACUGUGGGCCGUCGGAAAGCCUAGUUGUAUUAUGUGCCUAUCCGGCCAUACAUCUUCGGUCGAGGCAGCUGAAUUUAGCCGAGAAGAAGACCGAGUCGCGGCUGGUUCACUUUCUGGGUCUAUUCGAAUAUGGAACUUGGAGGAGGUCAAAAGUAACCCAACCCGUCUAUUUUUAUUUCUCGCAGCUUGUGCUCAUACAUUUUUGCUUAAGUUGUUUGGCUUGUCCUAG